CAAAAUUCUCCGGAGAAGCGAAGCAUGAAGGUGGAAUUGGUGUGCGACCGGCACUAUCUGACGACGGCGGACAACAAGCCGAUAUGCGAGGUGAAAAGAUCUGCAUCAAUGGAUGAACAGAAAGGUCAGAUCUGCUUGUUGAUGCUGUCGUGUGAACUCACAGGACCGUGCGAGUGUGUCUGUGUGGGUGUCGAGAGGGGAGAAGGGCGAGAGGACCUGUCUGCACACAAUGACCUUUGAUCUGUUGAUGGUCAGUCGGCCAGGCAUUGAACGUCAUGGAUUCUCUUCAUUGAUUCUCUUUUUUUUGUCUGAUUCUCCUUCAGGAGCCUGACGACUUGGCGCCUCUGUUCAGCGGCUCCAACUGGUUGUCCACCGUCUGUUUCAUGAACCUGCUGUACUCACACAAACACAGCGAUAGAGUCCUCACCCGCAGCUGACGCUCACCCCUCUGUGUACGUGUCGGCGCAGGGCUGGCACACGGAUAUGGCGGUCAUCGCUUGUCCUCGCCGAGCACUUGAUGCGGAGUGUCCUCCAGCAGGACGUCAGGGGCAGGCGAGUCAUCGAACUGGGAUGCGGCCCGUAAGCCGAUCGACCAUAGAACAGACAGACAGACAGACGGCCAUUGCAUUGCUGUGCUGGAUGUUUGGUUCGUUCAGUGGUGUGCCGGGCAUGUUGCUGGCGCGUUGUGGGGCUGAUGUGGUGCUGAGCGAUACGGAAGACCUCCAGAGGCUCAUCGAACGAAACGCAAGGAGAAACAUGACCGGUCGGUCCGUCGGUGAGCACAACCACUCUGUGUCUGUGAAGCCGACAAUCUAUCCAAUCCUCUUGUGUGUCUGUGUGGUCAGGUGAAGACGCAUUGUCGAUUGACGGAGAAGACGACGGGCGAGGCUCCGUGUGUGUGCAUCCCCUGCGCUGGUGAGAUGGUCUGUUUGCAUGGUUACGUGAAUGUGUACGCUCUCACGGACCAUCAGCAGGUCCCGGCAAGCGGCGAAGGAGCUCAAAGACAAAAUGGCCAAUGACCAGCUCGAAUGGAUUCCCAGACAGCCAGCAGCUGAUGCUGGUGGUGGCUUCGACAUGAUAUUGUCUUGUGACUGUGUUUACGAGCCGCUUUAUGGCGAUAGCUGGCGGGAUUUGUCUGAGGCCAUUGACGAGCUGGCUGGGCCGCUGACAGAGGUGUGGAUCGCUGUCGAGAGGCGAAACAACGAUGGUGAGCAAAGCAAAGGCAAACAGACAGGCAGACAGGCAAACAGACAGACGUGUGUGUUGUGUUGUGUUAUGUCAGGCGUUGAUAACUUCAUUGCUCGGCUCGAGGAGGGAUUCGCUGUGGACCGUGUGUGUGUGGAGGCGGCUGAAGGGCAUGCCAGUGGUGAUACUGCUGUCGCUGCUGGUGCUGAUGAGUGUACCUUAUCAUCGUGCGGGGAGAGUGACAGUGCAGUGGUGCUGCUGAAGGCGAAGAAGAGAGAGGCAGGGAGAAGAGGAUGAAGGCCAGCCAGUGUGGAUAUGACGAGAUGAACAGACGGACGAUGGCCAUAUCUUAUGUGCAUAUCGACGAUCGAAUAAGUGCAGCUGCCUGGCCUGGCUCGAUGUGUUUGGCUCUCUCUCUGCGUCCGUUCACGU